UUUCCUGUGCUUCCUCAGUGGAAAUGGCCUCCUCUGGAUCUCAGAAGCUGGAAGAGAAAUUAAUAUGCUGCAUUUGCCUGGAGAUGUUUACCACCCCUGUGACUGUGCCUUGUGGACACAGUUUUUGUGAGAAGUGCAUCAACAGCCACUGGGACAAAGAGGAAGAAGCCGGACUCAAGAUCUGCACUUGCCCUGAAUGCCGAAAAGGCUUUCCAGAGAGACCCAAACUUAGCAAAACUGUCCUGCUUGAAAACCUGGUAGAGCUGCUGAAACUGGAAGAAGUGCCCCCAGGGGUCUCAGAAGGGGAGAUUAGGAAGGCAGCUGGUUCUCAGGCAAGGCAAUGCCCAAAUCAUGGCCAGCCGUUGGAGCUUUACUGUGUAACUGAGAAACGCUGCAUCUGCUGUGUGUGCACUGUGAGAAGCUGUCAAAAGCACCAGAGGGCUCUCUUUGAAGAGGGACGGAAAGCUCAAGAAGAAUCAAUCAAGGAAACCUUGGAAGAAAAACAAAAAGAGGCAGAAAGAAUUGUGGCAGAAAUCCAGAAACUGGAGCAGCAGAUGAACCAUCUUACAGUUUUCUCAGUGAAGUUCAAAUCAGGAAUUUUGCAAAAGUUUGAUCAUCUCAUGGAAACCCUAAAAGAAUGCCAGAAGAAGGUGUCGGAGAUGGUUACAAGUGAGCAUGCUGCUUUGCUAAAGCAAAUGGAAGAGAACCGGAAUUGCCUGCACCAUCAUUUGGAGACUGUCACGCAAUACAACAGGACAGCAGAAGGACUGAUGAGCUCUGUGGAUGAUAUCGUGUUUCUUGAAGAGCAACAUCUCCUUUCUCCACCUACUAAACUGGAAGUUCCUGCAGUCAUUCAGUUUGACUUGGAUAAGAAUGCAAAUACCGUCACCAAGUUCUUCACUGAAUUUUUCAGGCUUUUGGAGGCACUUCAGUCAAAUCUUUUGAAUCCACACAUGGGUGGCAGAAAAAUCAGACUGGAGCCAAAGGCAUUUGUGAAGAGAAUGCCUGAACCUUGUCUUUCAGAGAAUGAACUAAGGACAAAGCUUCUAAAGGAUCUUAAAAUGAGGAAAGCACCAUCUGCAACAUCUAGCCCAUCAGGUCAGAGGUCACUGGAGGCUAUGCUACAACAAGAGAAAAUGAAUAUUAUGCAGGCAGAACUGAAAGUUAUGAUACAAGCCAUCCAUGAGGACUUGAAAGAAAGACUGGGGAAAGUAGGGGAUGAAAUGGAGAAAAUUCUACAAAUGAUGGCUAAUACUGAACAAUAUAGAAAGUAGAAGAGAAAGCUGAAUAAACAGAAAAAAAGAGUGGAGGAAGUUGAGUAUAGCUUUACAUUGGCAGACUAAAACAAAGAAAGAACAAUAAUGACCCUCGAGAUGGAUCGGCUGACUAUUAUUUGCGGUUCCAGAAUUUGGGGGAAGAAAAGGGAGAGAAUUUACCGGAGAUACUAGCAGAGUUGUUGGCGGAGGCCUUAGAGGUGAUCAAAGAAAAAGCGCUUGCUGAAAUUGAUGAAACGUUUAGAAUCCAUACUAGAUAUGCGACAAGAAAUAGGCUUCCUAGAGAAGUACAUGUAAGAUUCUCUAAAAAAGGCAAUGAAAACAGAGAUCUUAUUGACUUCCGGUGGCUCCGCUCUCUCCGACAGACGGGCGUCCGCUCUGGGAUUCUGUUAAAAGCCGGCGAAAACAGCGAAUAUCAGCUGUUCGCCGGCUGAAAGUACUUUCCCCGGUAAAGGGGAAAGGAAAGAACAGAGGAGGGAUAGGUAGAACUCUCUAGAGGCCCCGCUUUCUCGAUUUGAAAGCGGGGAACUCGAAGGGGAAAGUUCCCUGGAAAUCCCUCUGCAGCAGCUCCAGACCCAGCGUGUCUCUGCUUCGGCAGAAAGAGAAGAGAGCGACCACCUUUGCUUCAACUGAUUGUUAUGGAUUUUUAUAAGCAGACGGAACAAACACAGGAGAUCAGUCAUUAAAUUGCAAGUAUUAAAUCUGACUUCUAUUUUUUUUUAAACUUUUUUUUUCUUUCAUCUACAAUCAACAUAAUGAAACAAAAUGGUGUUUACUUGCUGAGAAAGUGAAAGUGAAUGGAGACUUUAUCUUAUUGUGCUGGACUGUAAGUAGAACAGAGGCUUUUUUAGGUUGUAUUUUUACUUAUUUUUAAUUUUUAAUUUUUUUUUUCUCACCUGGAUUUAGGAGGACUGUUGAAUUAUUUUAGUUUGUUUAAGUAUUUCAUAAAGGAACUCUCAGCAAGAAUUUUGCCAUGAAGGUUCUUUCAGAAGAAUGGAUUCGUGACUUUAUACAGGAUUAUACAGAAAGAAUGUAUUUAAUUAUUUAAAAAUACGAAUUGAUAAAACAUGGGGACGUUUUGGAUGAGAGCUUGGAGGAAAUUAACCAGUGUAAUCAGUACUUGGAAAAUGGAAUGGAGGAGAUGCAAGCAAAAGUGGAUAAUAAUGAAGAUAUGAUCGUGAAUAAACAAGUUGAUGUAAAGAGGCUCUUUUUAAAAAGUUUGGAUGAAAUGCCUGAAUCUAUGUUACAAGAGGCUGCCUCCCAAACCAAAAAAACUCACAGGAUUCAUGUUUUACAAGAGUUCUCUUCCCGGACUGAUGGAAUAUAUGGCAGUAACUUGUGGAUUGUUGGACAUAAGGAACUAUUAGAAAAUAUUGUGAUUGACUUUUCAAAAGGAGUAAUGAAGGAAAGACAGAGACUAAUGCAUCAAAAAAAAUGGCAAGAGACAAAAGUAUUAUCCUUGAAAGAAGCUUUUUCUGAAAUAUUAACAGAUAAAAAUAUUAGCGUUCCUGAAAGACUAUAUGUGAGAAAGAUCUGGAAGAAAUGGGUUGAUUAUAUGUUUCACAUCUAUCAUAAAAGUCUAGAUAUUUGGAUUCAUAUUGGAUUUUGAGGAGAAAGGACUAAAGUUGAAUAGAUAUUGUAAUUUCCUGUAUUGAAAUUAUAUAAUGUGUUGUAUUGAAUUGUAAAUAGAAUAUUCUCGAAAGAUCUUAUGUAAGAAAGACUUGGGGGGGAAAUGGGGUGAUUAUAUGGUUUAUAGAAGCUAUAAGGGAGAUAUUCUCUGAAUUGGAUUGGAUUUUUAUGCAUUAGCUAGUUUUAAAUACUUUAGGAUUAAUCUGUUUUAUUGACUUAUAUAUUUUAUCACUGUUAAUUGUUAAUUUUUUUGAAGGAUUUUGGUUAUGUAAGGAGGAAGUCAGAGCUAGAGAGGGAAAAUUGGUAUAAUAGUUUUGGGGGGAAAUUUUUUUUAGCAUAUGUUUGUUUUAUUUUUUAACUAUACCUUGUGUUUGUUCC